AUGUGGAUUCGCGAUGCGUCGUGGUCCGGCGCCGGCCCCCGCCACCGGGCCUCAUAUUUAUACGCUAAAGCGGGCAGUGCGCAGAGUUCAAACGCGCGUCGGGCGCUCCAAACAGUAGACGAUAGAAGAAUCGCAACGCGUGGUGACAUACACUGUAACGAAUACAAUAUCCGACUUCGAAUCGCCUGCAGAACGUGUACGCGGAGUUUUUGCAUUUGGAAGGGAGACGGGUGGCGGCAGAUGGAUAGGAGGCGCGCGGCGGCGGCGCUUCUCGCGCUGGCCGCGUGCUUCGCGUGCUCUACAGCAGCACCGACAGCUAGCAACCAUACUGCGUUAGAGUUAAUUGAAGGUCCCACAGAAGGAUGCUACUAUAACUUUCAGCAUUAUGGAGAAGGGGAUAGAAUUAUGACAAACGAACCUUGCCUCAACUGUACAUGUCACAAUCGGAUGCUUAUGUGUUAUUUAAGAGUGUGUCCAUUCUCGAAACCUAUUGGUCAAGAUUGCACGGUGGAGAAGCGAGCUGAUCAGUGUUGUCCUAUUGUGACCUGCCCUGACGUUCCAGUUGACCUGCUCACAUCCACAUCGACAUCGUCGCCCGCUGAAUACGGAACAACUGGAGUUGGUAGACACGAUAAAUAUGGAUGUAGUAUAAACGGAAAAUACUUUUCUGAAGGUUCCAAAGUACCACCGACACCUAAUAAGCCAUGUGAACAUUGUUACUGUAUUCGUAAUAUGACAACUUGUGUAAUGCAAGAAUGUACUUUACACGUAGAUGGCUGCACUCCCAUUUAUCAUAAAGACGUCUGCUGUCCUGUGCGAUACUCUUGUGAUCACCCUGAAGAUGAAAUUCCUCUUUUGGACGAUAUGACGACGACCGUACGACCAACGCCAGGCUUCCUUCUAACAACAACAACCAUGGUGCCAGUUACACAACCAUCGCAAGAGUGCAUACACGAAGAUCAAAUAUUCCGCGAUGGUGCUCAUAUUAAAACAGAGAAAGCCUGUGAACAUUGCUACUGUAUGAAGGGAGACAUUGUUUGUGUAGUACAAGGAUGUGGAGCACCUAUGGAAAAUGAGGGCAAAAAUUGUACUGCACUACCUCUACGCUUUGGUCAGUGUUGUCCAGAUACGUAUAUUUGUGAAGGUGAUGAACGCGGUGCCGAUCUGACAACAGAGGUUAUUGAUCAAAGUACAACACCUCCGAGAAGAGUCGGAAUUGAAGGUAGUGGAUAUCGCAAUGAGCCUGACGAACCGGUUAAGGAAAUAGAUCUUUUUGAGACAGAUGCAGAAGGUAGUGGUGAUGAAAACACAUAUACCACACCAGUUGAUAUAAUAGAAAUCUCUGUGCCAGAUAAAGAAUCACCUGAAGCAACUGAUGAAAUGUUACCAACUACAGAAAGGGACAUUUACAUAAAUCCCAGUACAGAAUCAGAAACAGAACAAAACUACGUCCCAGACGAGGAUUCCCCUAAAGUUACUUCUUUAUUACCUGACCAAAAUCUAAUAUCAUAUACUACAGAAUCAAAUUCAGAUUUCGUCUCUACAACUAAGGAAUUUAAGACGACUAUUCCCGAUGACCUUCAAAUAAUUGAUGAAUUUAUCUCUCAAAAAGAAGCAACUAUUACAACUGAAUCAGCAUUCAGAAAAGAAGACAACGAAAUUGUUGCAGAUGAAAUUUUAUUGCACAAGGAGCAACAUAAAGGGACGACAUCUUCCGGAGAUUUAGCUGGAGAGACGGAUAAUAAAGAGGAACCCGAAACGAAUGAUGGUACAGAUUUUACCAUGUCUCCUGAAUAUGAGAACAAAGCAACAACGGAAUCAAUAAAAUACACAAAAGAUGACAUAGAUAAGACAAAACAAGAAGAUAAUACAGAAACAGAAACACAAACAGAAUUUAUAGACAAAAAGACUGACGAUGAACUCAUACCUGAGACUACAUCUAGCAAGGAUAUUCCCACUAUUUUAACUACUACAAUACCAGAUAAAAUAGAGCUACUUGAUAUCACUACCAUUAAUCCAAUUUACAAUGAAAUAGAUGAAAAUAGUGGUAUAAGCCCAGCAAGGAUUCCUGGCGAGGGAGAUUGUCUCCUAAAUGGUAUAACCUACAGUAAUAAUACAAAUGUACCUAGAGCCAAUAACUGUCAUACAAGCUGUAAAUGUGUAAGCAGUAUUAUAAAAUGUGAUCCAAUAAUUUGUAGUCCACCUCCAGAAUACAUGGAAAAUAUGAAUGACUGCCAACCUAUUUAUGAUUCUCCUGACUCUUGUUGUCCAACAUAUGUUUGCAGUACUAAAGAAACGAUACCCCCACAAUCGCAUAGUCAAAUGUCUGGAACUGAAAGUCCUAAGCCAAUUGGAACAGUAGAGUGUAAUAAAAAUGAUUGUGCUCUGGGUGAGAACGACAAACAACCUUUGGAUACAUCUGAAAAGCAAGAGCAAGGUGACUGUAGCUCUAGUAACUGUGAAGAUGAUAUUAAAAAAUUACCCCCGAAACAUCCAGAUGAUUGCUCUGAUGAUAAAUGUCAAGUAUCACCAGUUGUUGCCUGUGAAGGUAAAAAUUGCGAUAUUGAACCUACCGAAAAAUUAGAUUCAGCUGCAGAGAAAGAAUCAGACAUGAAACAAGAACCACCUAGUAGUUGUAACGAUAAAGAUGGUUGUAAAUCACCAAUAGAUGCAAUACAAGACCAAUGCACAGAUGAAAUAUGUCGAAGAAAAGAAGAACCUAAAAUACAUAACGAAUUACCUUCAGAAUGUUCAGGUACAGAAUGUAAUACUUUAAAUGAUCUAGUAGUUACAUCUGCAAAUGAAGUAGACCAAUCGACAGAAUCUGUAUUUGAAAAACCAAAACAAGAUUUAGAAUCUCCUGCUCCAACUAAAGCAAUAAUUGAAGAAAACCAAACGGAACCAUCCCCAGCUGAAGGUAUCAAACAAACUGAAAUGAACAUUCCAGUUACAUCAGAACCGAAUCUUCCAACUGAAAUUGAUAAACUUUUUGUAACCGAGGAGGAUUCAGAACAUGCAAAAAUGCCCACAACACAAACUGUACCUGAAAAAACUGAAAUAGAAGAAACAAACCUCACAGAACAUGAUAUUGGUAUUGGUCAACAACAAGACAAGGUUACUGAACCUCAAGGAUUACCAGAAAUGUACACAGAAAGGGGUACAACAGAAAAGUUGAAUGUAGAACAAAAAGUCACAGAGAAAGAACAAGCAGGUACUGUAAAGGAGUCACUUAAUACCGAACUUCCAGAGUUACUGGAAACGAAAUUAAAUGACAUUACAAAGAGAAUUGAUUCGUUCACGACGGAAAGUAUGCACAUCGAUGAUUUAGAUAAACAUAAAACAAAAUCGGAGGAUAUUUACACAACAUUACCUUAUUCACCAAUAGAAGAAAAAAAUACUGAAAAACCAAAACCUCAUAGUGAAAUAUCACACACGGAUCAAUUAGAGUCAUCUACUAUUGACAAUAAGCUCCAUUUAGUCACAGAAACUCCAACAAUUUCCGAAAUUGAAACAGAAAAGACUGAUUCUACUGUAGAGGAACUAUUGCCAAAAUCAACGGAACUACCUGAAGCGGAAUUCGAUAAGAAUGAAGUACAAUAUGAUAGCUUACAUACCACACCAAGAUUACCUGAAGAAGAAAUUGACAAAGAUCUAUCGAAUGUAAAAGAUAUUUUCGAAGAAUCCCACACUACUCAAGUAUCCCAUGAAACAAGUACACACAAAGAUAUCGAUAUAUAUGAUUACUCUUACAAUGAAUCCGACAGAAAAUCUACUGAAUCUGUUAUGUCACAAAGUGAAAUGAGUGAGCGCCCGGAAAUCGAACAACCUCAUGAGAUGAUAACUGAUAAAAUUCACAAUGAAUUACAAUCCAUCACGGAAAAACCAGAUGAUUAUACUAAAGAUUCUACUCCUGCAAGCGGAGUUGAAGUUAUAACAGAAUCCGCUAUUACCUCUUCUGAUACUCCACAACCUGUACACAUAUCGGAAGAUGAAAUAACUACAAAACCUGACGAAAUCAUAACAAAAGAAAAUGUAAUAAAACAAGAUGAUGAAAUAUUAGAAUAUUCAACAUUAAAACCAGAAAAACCUGAUUAUAAUAUGGCAGACAAAAUUAAUAACGAAAAACCUAUAAUUUCUAUAGAAUAUCCAACUACAGAACAAAUAAAAAUGGAGGAAACAGAACAGCCCGUAACAGAGGGAAAAAUGACAAAACAGCCUGAAGUAUUGGAGACUAAAUUAGAUCAAAUAGUUAAAGUAACAGAAUAUCCUAUUAUAGAAAAUGAAGAUACGGCUACAAAGAUACCCGAUAUUUCCUUAGAACAAGUAGAUCAAACUUCGAUAUCACCAGAAAAAGAAAAGACUACUAUGUUCGAAUCUGAAUUGCCCAUUAAACAAGAAAUGAGCUCUGAACAUACAUUAAUAUACACAAUUAGUAUUGAUCAAGAUGAAAAAGAUGACCGUUUUACAGAACUGCCUAAAGUAUCACCAACAUCAACAGAAGUUAUUGUUACAACUCCAAAAAUAUUUGAAAUGCAGGAUAAGAUGGACGAUACCGAAACAAAGAAACCAAUAAAUACUCAAAAUGAAGUUAAUAUCCUCGAUGAUGCUCAAAGUCAAAAUACUUUAAGCACAGAGGCUCAAGAAUUAACUCCAACCAAAUACAGUGACCAUAUAACGGAAAAAUAUGAAAUUUUAACUACAGAGUAUACAACAAAAUACAUAUUGAAUGAAGAUUUGAAUGUGCAACAACCUACAAGUGAAACACCUAAAAUUGAUGAAAAAUAUUCUGAAAAUCAAGAAACAGAAACAACUUUAAAAGAUAAUUUACAAAAGCAAGAAUCUUCUACAAUGUCUCAUGGUGAUUCUGUUGAACUUACCGAAAGUCAAACUAAUAAUCCAGUAGUUUAUGACGACAAAUUAGAAGAGCUAAUUACCAAAAUUCCAGAAGAAGUAUUACCAACUGAACAAAGUGACAAAAAACAUGAAAUACCUACAAAAGAAGAUGGCUUAUUAGGACAAGAUGAGGAUAUUACCUUAGCGCUUUCAACUGAAUCUCCAGAAAUAAAUACAGAGACUGAGACAGCAGUAGAAUUACAUGUGGAUACAACGCUUAAACCUCAUGAUGAUAAAGUACAAAUAUCGCAAGAAGAAAUAGAAGAGCAAAUCUUAACUGAAAGAACUACUAUUAAGCCUAAUGAGGAAAAAGAAAAUAUUGAAGAUAAUCUUAAACUAUCUACUCCAUUUGAUGAGUCAUAUACUACUUCAAAGGAUAUAGAAAAGGUUACAAACAGUCCAAACUUAAUUGAAGAAAAAGAUAGAGAACAAGAUGUUGAAGCACAAACCUCACAGACAGACAAUGAAGAAAAGAUAUCUGCGAUAACAGAAAAACCGUCAAUUGAGGAUAUACCUGCGUCGCAAUUAACUAAGGAAUCUGCUACAAUUGAGACUAUUACUGAAGAGAUUAUUGCACAUACAUCAGAAAAAACAACAGCAAACUAUAACGAUGACAAACAGGAAAUCAUUAAUAUUAAACCUCAAGAACCUGAAACGUUAACUAAAUUGGAAGAAAUUGCAACAACAGAAAGCAUUUCCGAUGUUCAACAUAAAGACGUAUUCACAGAAUUACCAGAAUUGUCAAUAACAUCUAACGACUAUGCGACGUUACCUGUGGAAGAUAUUAAAUUGGAUGAAAAUAAGCAAAAGAUACCUGAAGUUGAAGAUGUUCCUCAAUUCCAAACAGUACCACCAGUAUUGUCAACAGAAAAAGACAAAGUCAUUACAGAAUUGCCUCAUGCCCUUAUUACUGGCAUCGAUCAUCAAACAGUACCUGAAAUAAUUAAAGAAGAAUUAGACUCAUCAACAAAAACAUCAUACGAUAAAAUUUUAGAAGAAGAAGAAAACGGAGUAUCAACGCCAAAUAUAUACGUAUCCCAAUCGCAAGAUCAGACUUCUGAAGUUCCAGAACAUUCAGACAAACACGAAACUGUUCCGGAACAGGAAAUAAGCAGCGGCGCUAUUUUAACUUCAGAAAAUCCGGAAGAGAUAUCUACUGCACAUAUUUAUACAUCAACGUCAACUCCAUUACAGGAAACAAUAGACGAGAAAGAAACACAUGAUCAAAGUUCACAGACAGUAAUGACGCAAACCGACUCAUCGGAGAAUGUGAAACCUACUGAAAUUGUUACAGUGUCUGAAUUGGGCGAUCUCACCACUGAAAAUGCAUUAACUUCUAAAAAAGAGGAAGAGAUAAAGCCUAUAGAAGAAAAGAAACCAUCUACAGAAUCAAUAACCUCAAGUGAAGAUAAUUCUGAACUUGAACAUAAUGUUCCAGUAUUUGUUCAAGGAGAAGAAAUAGCUACUGAAAUACCUCUUCAAGAAAUAACGACACUUUCUUCAAAAUUGUUUGAUGUUGAAAAUGAUAAAGAGUUUAAGAUUACUGAAGCUGUACCAACUAAACCUCAAGAUAUUACAUAUGAUACUACUCGUGCUGAAACUGUAACAGAAGGGCUAGAAAAAGAAACACCCUUAGCAGUUACGGAAAUAGGUUUCUCUACAGAAAGCUCAAAGAUUUCUGAUUCUACCAAACACACUUUAAUUAACGUGCCUAUAGUUAUUGCGCAAACAGAGGAAUCAACAUAUUUUACAGAAUCAAAGGAACCUGAAGCUACAGACUAUAUAGAACGCAAAACUACUGAAACCUAUAUAUCCUUAGAAGUGGGUACUACUACACCUUCUAUUUUAGAACCAAUAACUGACAGGCAAGAAUCACAAAAACCUAUUUCUGCUUUAGAAACUACUGAAGAUUAUGCACCAGUUUCAGAACAAAAACAAAGUGACAUUUUCUCAGACUUUAGUACUAAACUGCCAGCUAAAGAUAUGAUAGACCUUAAUGAAGUAACCACAUUAUCACCUCAAGAAGAACCAAUAACAAAUGGUAAAAUAGAGCAAGAUAGCACUCAAAAACCUGAUUCACAUGUAGAAAUUAUUGAACAAGAAGUUAUUAAACUUCCAGACCAAUUACCUCCAGUAACAGGAGAUAAAACAGAAUUGUUUGACAAAAAUGAGCUUACAAGUAUUAGCCCUGAAAGUGUAGAAAAAACAUCACCAGCUUCAAUUGAACAAGAAAUACAAUCUGAAGACGGCACCACUCUACCUCCUACUGAUAUAAACGUACCAACAGAAUACGUAGAAGUAGAAAAAGAAAUAGGCGAAACAACAACUGAAAAGAUUAUGAUUCACGUACCAGACUUAGAGACUAUGACAAAUCCUCCAGUAUCUACACAAAAACAUCAAGAAGUGGAGGAGACUACAGAAUUAGAAUCUACAUAUAGUAAAACAACUCCUUUCUCAGUCGAACUUGAAGAGCAUACACACCUUGCUGUUGAUGAACCAUCUUCGAGUGUUCCAACAUCAGAAAUACCUAUAAGAAUUGAUUACGAAACACAUGAACCAGAACGAGGUGACAUGCCUGACAAUGAGGAACAAACCAAACCUUCUGAUGCAACACCAAUUGAAUUUGAAGAUAAGGAAAAGCCUGUUACUAGUUACCAAGAGAUCACAGAACCGAACGUUGCAACAACUAUAAGUCCAGUUCAAAAUAAUAUUGAAAGAGAACCAAGUAUCGAUAUAAAUUCCCCAACACCCACCAAAUCAGAAGAACCAGAUAAGGAUAUUACAACUAUUCAGGACGAAGAAAUAAUUCUAUCUUCAUCUCCGCAAACAGUUAAUGAAAAAGACUUGUACACUACAGAAAACGUGGAAAUACAACAAAUAUCGUCUUCAACAUCCGGUCCAGUAAUAUCAACAGAAAAGGAUUUGCCAGUAAGUUCAGAAAAACCAAUUAAAUCAGAGAUUGCGCAAUCUACUGUUUCUGACAAAGAAAUAAUAGAAGAAACAUCACAUGCGACAACAGGUAAAUUCGAAGAGGGUAGUUCUACCGAUUCAUCUAUUGAUAAAUUAUCUGGAUCAGAAGAAAAAUUAACUAGUGUCAGCCCAUCUUCUCCUGUUCCUGAACUACCUAAACCUGUAUUUAAUGAAGAACCUAUCGAAGACAUUGCUACUCCAGAUUUCCCUUCGAGUGGCGCGGGAGGUUAUGGACAGGAACCUGAUUACGUUGAAGAAGAUCAGACUUUCGGACCUGGAACAUGCCGUUACGGAGGCAAAGUUUAUGUUUCUGCACAACAAAUACCGAGAGAUGAUCCAUGUGAUUUCUGUUUCUGCUUUAGAAGUGACAUUAUCUGUCUACAACAGAGUUGUCCACCACCAAUUCAUGGAUGUCAUGAGGAACCAAUACAAGGUUUCUGUUGCCCACGAUAUGAAUGUCCCGUGUCAAUGGCAACAACAUUAAACAUGACCACUACUACAACGACGACUACAACUACUUUACCUCCGCAUUUUCUGCCACAUGCGUACAAAGGCGCAGCCCAACGAAGAGGAUGUCAAAUAAAGGGGCACACGUAUAAGGUUGGAGAAGUUGUUCGAGCAUCUUCAGGGCCAUGCUUACAUUGCACAUGUGGCGGCGAUGGUCAAAUGAAAUGUGACCCUAAAGCUUGUACACCGGAACCAAUGCUGAGACAAAUGAUUGCUGCCGCCGUUUCUGCGAAGAGGCGAAGGAGUCCUAGCUGGAGUCAGAGUCCCAUGCACCAUCUCGGCGGCAUCCCGAAGCGCGGCGCCGCCCCGCUCAGUUCGCGGUCUCCAUGGCGACCAGCUCAAAUGACGUAUCGAUCCCGCGUGGGGGCGGGGGGGCUCACGGCUCGCGGGGUGGCGCCGCUCCACCCGCCGCCGACCCCCAUGCACCCCUGCCACCGCCACUCGACCGUUGGCCCAUGCAAAAUGACGGAUGUAAAGUUUGGAUAUACCUCCUUGGAAGGAAAUGAUAUUUUCAUUAAAAUGAAAAUGAGG